GAAGUAUUUCAUUAGACAAAGUUUAAGCUUGUGUAUUUUUCGAACAAGGACUCCAAAGCAUAAAAACUUGCCUUGGUUUUGUAUGAUAGCUGAAGGUAAUAUUUUCAGAAAAUUAAGGCAGCUCCAAAUGAAAACAUAUCAUUUUUUGAGCAGAAUCAUAUCACUGAGUGAAGAUAUGGAGUCAAAUCCUGGUCCUGCAAAUGAGUAUUGCAAAUCAGUACCUUUUAUAUCACCCAGAAAUUCUGUCUGAUUAUUAGAAUUCAGAUUGUCUCAGUUAGGCAGAACUACAUUUGAUGUUGGAGGAGAUGGUGAUUGCUUUUUUAGGGCUGUAUCACAUCAACUCUAUGGAAAUCCUCAGGGUCAUUUCUAUGUGCGCAGUGUUAACAUUUAGUAUUUAAUGAAUCACCCUGAACAAUUUAUAGAGAGUAAAACUGAGCAUUCUUGGCAAGGUUAUUUGGAAAGAAUGUCAUGUCAAGGAACAUGGGCUGAUGCUAUCAUAAUUCAAGCUGUUGCCAAUUGUCUUAAUUUAUCAAUUCAUAUUGCUGAAUCAAAUCCAACUUUUUCUCCAGUUAUUGUUGUUGAACCAGUGAAUGUUACAAAUGCCCUAAACAUUUACAUUGGACACCUAGAUGAAUUUCAUUAUGUUUCCAUAGUAGAAAACAGAACAAUGGAGAUAAGAGACAACAGCAAACAAAGAAAUGCAAAUGAAAACAAACCAGUUGAUAACAGUGAAAAACGUAAAGCUUACAGAAGAAAAUACAUGAGAGAAUACAUGAAAGACAGAAGAGCUGAUGAUAACUUUAGAAUAAAUGAGAAUCAAACACGAGUACAAGGCUUCAACAUUAAUAGAAAAACAUCUAGGAACAAGAAACAUCAGGCUGCUAAAAGAACAAAAUUGAGCCCAGAACAUGUCAGAGAAAUUGAGCAGCGCUUCUUUAGAAAACGAAAAUCAGACAACCCGCAGCACAUAGGGCAAAUAACCAAACAGUCGGUAAGAAAAAGACAAAAAGCUGAGGUUCUGGCAGGUGUUGAAGACCUAAAUAAAAUUCAAAAUCGAACGAGUUAUCCCACUCUAACGCCAUUAUGUUGA